AUGUCUGAAAUAGAGCAGCUUAUUAAAUAAAAGGAGGAAAUAGAAACUUGUUAGACUACUCUUAAAAUUUGGUGUUCUUUGAAAAAGAAUUUAUCCUCCAAAUUUAAGAAUCCUUCUGAAGCCUUCAAGGCUUUAAAAAAAGAAGGAAAAGAAACAUUAUCAAUUGAAGAUUUUGCAGAUUAUUCCAAAGGAUUAGACUUAACAAAUGUAUUCAAAGAUACAACCCUUAAUGAGGAUAACUUUGUCAAAUGUUGGGAACAAUGGGAAUAUUAAGCAAAAUAAAAUGAGCAUAAGUUAUAAAUGAUUGAAGAGAAACUAGAAUUAUUAAGUAUUUUGGAACAAAAAGAUAAAGAGGGAAUUAAAUAAUUAGAAGCCUAAAAGAACAAAAAAAUAUUAAACAUUAUCCAAAAUUGUGAUAAUUUAGAAUAACUAUAAGAGAAAUUGGAUACUUUAGUUUAAGGAACUCAACAGUAAUAAAAAGAGAAAACUGAUGUAAUCUAAAAUGAAUCUGAAUGUUUCAAUAAGAUUUUACAAAAGAAGUCUGAAAUAAAGGCACCUGAAUUAUAGAUAAACAAAUUGUAAUAAAAAUAAAGUGCUGAAGGAUCUGAAAACAGCCAAAUCUCAAAUAAGAAGAAAUAAGUAAGUUAUUUAGACGGUUCCACUAAUGCCUUAUAAAAAAGCAAAAUAAAUAUAAAUGUAUCCAGUUCCCAAUUACAAACUAGUAGAUUGACUGCAGCUAAUUAAAAUAAAUAAUCCUUUAUAAAUGAGUCUUAAGUCUAGAUAUCACCUACCAAAGGAUAGUAGUUCCUAAAGAAUCCACCAGUUACAUAAUAGUAGUAAUUCAAGAGUAGUCCAAAUGAAGAGAGGGAAAGUGAAAGAAGAUCUCACAAAUCUAAUAGAAUGAGAGGAGAUUUGUAAUCAUAUAUUUCAGAUCUAUUUUAAAAUGAGAGAGAAUAAUCAUUAAGAUAAGAACCAAGACAUACUAGAGAUUAUGAUCGACCAUCAUAUUCUAGUGAUCAAAGAGGACUCUCUGGUUUCCCAAAUUAUAGAAAAUAUUUCAAAAACUAGUAAUCACAAAGAGAACCUUAGUAAUUAGAACCUGAAUCUACUAAUAUAUCCAAAAGACUAUAAAAUAUUAGAUAUAAAUUGGAUGACUUUUAGAACCAAAAGCUUACCUAAUAUAGAUCAAAACCCUAAACUAAAGGACUUUAGGAUUGGAGUCCAGAGAAACCCAUAAGACUCUCUCAGCAAAAACCUACUUAAGGAAGUAGGAAAUCUAGUCCAUAAUACACCCCAGGAAAUACACAUAGACUGAAUCUUGAUAAACUGAGAUAAGAAAAACAAGGUUCUGGAAAAUAACAAUAACAAAAUGAAUCUGAGUCAGGUUUUUUGAGCAUGGAAUAAUUGAAUUAAACGUUAAAAGGAGAUUCAUAGGCUAAUGCCUGA